CCCGACCCGAGUCCCCCAACCCAGCUCUACUUCCGACCUCUUUCAUCGCGAGAAUCUCUGCUACAAUUCCCAAACGGGGUUUGAUCAUCGCAGACUAGUCGCGCCGGCGAGGCCAUUCUUUAUCGCUAUCCAUUUCUGAAGCCAAUCUACUGUGUUUUCUCCCGCGAGGGUUUCAGGAGAAGAUAUUCAUCUACAUUAGGAAUGACAACUGAGCCAUCAUCAACAAUUAUUGAUGGAAAAUUAAUUGCAAAGAAGAUCAGAGAUGAAAUCGCUAGUGAAGUAGCAAGAAUUAAGGAUUCAACAGGCAUUGUUCCAGGGCUGGCAGUUAUUCUAGUAGGUUCGAGAAAAGAUUCUCAAACCUAUGUCCGCAACAAGAAGAAAGCUUGUGAGGAGGUGGGCAUUGCAUCUUUUGAGGUUAGUUUGCCUGAAGAUUGCACAGAGGAAGAUGUUAUCAAGCACAUCUCUGACUUCAAUAACAAUCCUUCAGUCCAUGCCAUCCUUGUACAGUUGCCUUUACCUCAGCACAUAAAUGAAGAAAAAAUUUUGAAUGCUGUUGCUAUAGAGAAAGAUGUUGAUGGUUUCCAUCCACUGAAUAUUGGUCGGCUUGCCAUGCAAGGCAGGGAUCCUUUAUUUAUCCCAUGUACUCCUAAAGGUUGCAUGGAGCUAUUGCAUAGGUAUAAUGUUGAAAUCAAGGGUAAGAGAGCUGUCGUGAUUGGGAGAAGCAAUAUUGUUGGAAUGCCUGCUGCAUUGUUAUUGCAGAGAGCAAAUGCAACAAUAAGCAUCAUACAUUCCAAAACUAAAAACCCUGAAGAAAUCACAAGACAGGCAGAUAUACUCAUUUCAGCUGCUGGAGUUCCAAAUAUGGUGAGGGGUAGCUGGCUAAAACCUGGUGCAGUUGUUAUAGAUGUUGGAAUCAAUGCUGUUGAUGAUGCGCACAGUGCUCGAGGAUACCGGCUGGUGGGUGAUGUUUGUUUUGAGGAGGCCUCUAGGGUGGCUUCAGCUAUCACUCCUGUACCGGGUGGAGUUGGUCCCAUGACUAUAGCCAUGCUUCUGUCCAAUACAUUGAGCUCUGCCAAGAGGAUACAUGAUCUCAAGUAAUAUUUGGUUAAUUUCUUCUAUGAGUUGUAUUGUUAUUGUAUUUGACAUCAACUACAUUCAGAAGACAACUUUAAAUGCCUGCUAAAUUGUUGAAUAUUUAUGAUUUUUUAUUUGAAUGCUUGUUUGAUUUA